GUCCUGAAUGGUGGUGGUUGGGUGGAUGUGUUGGUAUCCCUGACGGGUGGUGCCCACUCACUUCGAAGGCAGCUUGUACUCUAACAAACGGACAGACAGACAGACAGACAGACAGCACAGAUCAUUAUGGUGAUAGAUGGCAGGACGGUGUGGGGAUGCCGACAUUGUAUGCCUACCUUCGCUGCCUGGGAAGUAGACGAUUCUCUUUGUGCCUCCACUUUCGUAGCUAAUGGCCAGGGGUCCCUCAGCCUCAAGCGAAAGGGAUUCCCGCUUUAACGUAAUUCCAACGUGAUAGAGGGAUUGAACCACGGUACCGGAAAAGUUCUGCAGAACCCACACAAACACACACAGACGCGCAGCCAGACACAUCACAGAGGGACGGACAGACAGACAGACAGACAGACAGAGGGAUCCCCUUUGCUGUAGGUCGGUGCAUAUGUAUCGUCGGUGUACUGACCGGUUUGGGAGUGAUGCAGAAACUCCUGCUUCUUGCCUUGCGCUCCAACUCUUCUAUAUAGUGUGCCUCGGGGAGUCCGUACACCUUGCCCUUGGCGCAGGAAUCAGCAAGAGAUGACCUCAUGCAGAUGCCCUGCACAGAUACACACACAUAUGCACAUACUGCACUGUCACUUGCCCACUCUCUCACUCGCUCACCUUGCCGGUGGUGGGAUGUUCUCCCCAACCUUCCAUCGGUUCGCCGUCCCAGGCGACGAAAAAAAGAGUGUAGACCACACACAUGUCGCCCUUGGCGCACGGCAUGGGGUCGUAAUCCUUUGACGAGUACUUGUAGCCGUCCAUCGUCCAGUAUUCCUUGCCAGCAGCAGCAUCGACACCGAUGCGAUGCGCGUCAAACGUCACAUUGCAUAUUUCCCGGUCGGCUGCGUACACACAUAUAUAUGCGAUGCAUGGCGCCACACAUCCAUUUCAUACGUGUGUGUGUAAUGCACCUGUAUUGGUGGACGUGGCGAGAUCCUCCUGUGUGCGGCUCGAACGGGAGUACGACGUGUAGCGCCCACCGCUGCGGCCAGGCUACACAUAAACACACACACACACACACAGAGAGAGAGAGAGAGAGAUGCAGAUGAAGACACAACGAAAGCUGUGCAGCGGGUCUGGUCACGCGUACGUGUUGCGAGUCAGUGAUGGUGGCGGCACCGCGAGGCUGAUCGUAUGCGGCUCCGUCAGCUGCAGCCACCCGUCAAUCCAUUCGGGCAAACAAAGGCAGACACAUGAUGGUGCAUUCCCAACAGCAGCUGCCUUCGUGUGUGUGUGUGUGUGUCUGUGUGUGUGUGUACCUGUUAGGCCACGGAUGCGGUCCUCUACGUUGUCGAUGGCGGCGAGGGCUGAGCCGCUCAGCUCGUUGGUGGCACUGGUGAGCUUGUUGGCCGAUUGCCUUGCCCAUCUGGAUCUGCUGCAGCAGCAUCGACCGCUCACCAGCACCCAACACAGCACCUGCACAGAGAGAGAGAGGGUGCCAUGUGUGCAGCAUGUGUGUGGGUGCAGGUGGACGCACCGUGUUUGUUGGCGGCCAUGGCGGUGUCCGUAGCGGCCUGGAUCUCCUCACCACGGCCGACAAACGACGCACCUGCACAUAGCGGACGGACAAGUCGAAGGAACGGCCACACACGUCCAUAGAUCUCACAGAUGGAGAGCUCCGCCCACCGUAUGCGUCGGUAUUGCAGUCCUUCCCCUCCUCGCAGUCGGGACCGUGGCUUCCCUCGCCCACCCACGCCUCUGCAGCCAUAGAUCAGCCAUCCAAAUGGACAAAAGAGCACCGAAAACACAAAGAAUGGGCAGAUCUGCCAUGGUGCAUGGUCGCUUCGGUGCGUGUGUGUCCCCCUGUGGCACACCUCGGUCGUCGGUGCGCUGGGCCGCCAGCAGCGGCUGCACAGUGGCGGCCAGGCCGACCACCAAGAUGAACCCGAGGCCGAAACGACGCAUCACGAUCAUCGCCAACGGCUCAGCAAACCUCGCAGACGAUGGGCUCACUGGCGGCUCAGAGAGGAGAACAAGAACUCGCAGCUCUCUCGCCCGGCCCUCGG